AUGAAAGAAGUCCAAGAUUUUAUGCGUAAAGAAUUCGUGUUUAUCAGAUGUCAAGGUCAAGAAGAAAUUUUUAUUUCCAAAGCUAAAGAAGAAAUGUUAACCAUAAAGGACAAUAACUUGUCCGUGCACUUCGUUGCCAUUUGUCCGGAUAAUCCGCUCGUUGCAGGAAAGGAAAGUGAAUGCACGCAAUCGCAUACUUCAAGUCGGUAUAUUUCGCCGAUUACUAGCGACAAAAAAACACUAUCUUAAGCUUAGGUCUUAAAUCUCCAACAUCCUGGUCCAUCAAAGGAGUGAAGGUAUAUGACGAGAAAGAAAUCGAGGUUGCUAUUGGUAAAGAAAAGGAACGUAGAAUGUUUUGGAAUAAGCAUGCUAAAAAUCUCUCCAAACCUUCGAUGACAAAAGUCGAGAUAUAUGAGACCAUACACAAUGACUGGUGGUUGGAAAAGUCAGAGAACCUACUACGUCAAAGUGCUAGCACAAGCGAUGCUGUUGCCAUUGGACAAUCAUCAAAAGAAACUCGUGAGCAUGUUAAAAAGGGCACUCUGGAGAACAACCGUCAAAAGUCGAAUUAUUUAAGGCAGAAUUUGACAAGCUAUCUAACGAUGUGA